AUGACUGAGAAUGCGGCAUUGAAUAAUAAUGUGGUCGAGAAGAAGGAAGUGCUUCCGAAGUUGAGUGCCGGGAAGGUAAACUGUUACUUAUUUGACUAUAGUUAACCUGGCAGUCAGCGUCUGUGGUUACUACUGAGAUUUGGCCUUUUUUGGGCCCCUUGAUCUUAUUUUUUUAAUUGGCGUUGAAGCCGUUAGAAGUCUAAAUAAAACUUUGAACAUUAGUAAUACUAUUUACUAAUAUUUAAAAGGCGUAUGUGGCAAUAUCUGAGUUUCUGAGGGUUUUUUUGGUUGUGCUUUCAAAUGAUUCCAUUAGAUCUCUUGUAAUCAGCGUUACCAGCCACCAUCUGUUUAUAAGAAACAUUGCCAAUUUUAUCUCCAACCGUCUUAACCUUAAAUUUUCAGUAUGACAUAUCUUUCAUUCUGAUCAACGCUGUUUGUGGCGGCAUUGCCAAGAUUGCCAGCAAAUGCGCUGACCGAGUAAUUGUCCCUCCAUCAGCACACCCUCUGUUAAACAUCUCGGCUGUUGAAGCGGCCGAAAAGAUCAGAAAUAAACAAGUAAGUAUCGUAAAUUACAAUAUGUAAUAUACAUGUAUAUAACAUACUGAUACAAUACUUUUAUUUAACAUGAAUUUUCAGUUAAAAUCCUUCGAUCUUCUUCAAGCCUACUUUGCCAGAAUCCGCGAUGUUAAUCCUUAUAUCAACGCUGUUACUGAGCUAUUUGAAUACGAAGCCUUGGAAAAGGCCAAAGAAGUCGAUGCUUACAUUGAGACCAUUUAUGGGAAUCCAGGAGAAAUCGAAAAACUGAGGAGUGAACAGCCCUUGUUCGGGAUCCCUAUCUCGCUGAAACAUGUGUUCGAUUACAAAGGUCAUAGAAAUAUUGGUGGAUUGGAACAUAGACGAGAGCUUCCGCCAGCCGAGAAGAAUUGUGAGCAUAUUAGGCGGUAAGUAGGUGGGCAAAUAAGGCCAAAAAAAUUCUACUUUUUCUUACAAGGCUCGUUGUAUAUCUCACAAUUAGUUAUGUUUGUCAAGCACAAGCUAAAACUUUGAAUAAUUUGUUUGUAACCAAGCCAAUGUUAAAAAAUCCUAAAGUUUUAAACGGCCACCAUUUUUCAGCGUUCUAAACGCCGGCGCUAUUCCCAUCUGCUUCACCAAUGUGCCCUCCGGCGCUUGUUUCUUCGAAUCCGACAACACAGUGCAUGGGCGCUCCUGUAAUCCCUUCGACACUCGCUGCACUCCCGGCGGAUCCUCUGGAGGUGAAGCGGCCUUAAUCGCGGCGCAAGGAUCGCUGCUUGGAUUGGGGACGGACCUCGGAGGUUCCAUCAGAGUCCCCGCAAUGUUAUGUGGAGUCUACGGACAUAAGCCCGGCAGAACCGUGCCUGAUGAUAGCUUGGUGCCGCCUGCUGUGGCAAAUACUCUUUAUGAUGGGUUUUUCUGUGGUGGCCCAUUGGCCAGAUAUCCGGAGGACGCCGCGUUGUUGAAUGCGGUGAUAUUUGUUGAACCAAUUCCCAAGCAACUCUCCGAACUUGCGCCAUCAGUUUUGUAUGCAGCUGCCGUUGAUGAGAAGCCGUUUUUGGUUAAUUCCAAUAGCGUUCGGUCCGCCUAUGAGGAUGCAAAGGCCUUUAUCUCACACGCCUACAACUUGUCCAUUUACGACUUUAACAUUCAAAAGUCUCUCAUGGAAUAUGUCAUCCUUCUAAAGUCCUGCGCAUUCGACGCCGACAACUUGGCCAACCUCCAUGAGCAUUUAAUGCCAGUAAGUCUACAAAAGUCUACAGUAAAUUGAAUUUGAUGUAAAAAAGAUGCAGAUAGAGAUAACAUUUUUACGACUUCCUGUAACAAAAGCACGUCAAUAUAAUAAUUUCAUAGUUGUCAUUCAAAACGAUCAUGUUCUUGCCUUCGGCGGUAGUCUUCGACAUUAAUUUUGAGCUUAUUUUGCCACCUAACAUGACUUUUUUGGACGCCUUACACUAAUACAUUGUAGUAUGAAAACCUGCAACUCUUUCAGGACGGCUAUCCAGUGAAUGUCUUCAAAGAAUUGGUCAAAUCGUUGGUCGGUGCAUCGUCUAUUUCUCCGGUGACGCUACCCAUUCUAUGUGCCUUCCGAAACCGAUACCCGGAAUCUUUUAUCAAAGAGUGUUGCCGUCAGUUGCAUAUUCUGAGAGACCGUUGGCACAAAGCUUUGAAAGGUAGUUUUUUAUCGCAUGAUAGAGUUAUCGCAUAUGUUUUUGAAAAAGUUGACCUAAAUUUGAUCUAAAUCUGAGGGCCGCUGUUUGGAACACGUUAUUUUUUAUGUACAACAAUUUUCACGUUUAAGGCGAUGUUGUCCUUGUGUUCCCUGCAGUCCCAGAGACGCACUACUUCCAUCUCUCUUACGGGAUUCUCCCUUCGAUGAAUACGCUGCUCUUCAAUUGUCUGGGACUCUCUUCUUUGGCUGUUCCGAUGGGCAAAGACAAAGAUGGGUAUCCGUUAUCUGUUCAGCUGGUCGGCCAUCCUGAUUCCGAUAAUUUGCUCUUUUCAAUUGCUGCAAAGAUGAAGACCCAGUUUGGAGGAUGGGUGAAAACAAAGGAUUUGUAA